UGCUUUAUUAUUUGGUAUCGGUGUUUCGUCGCCUCGCUCUCCGAAAAUGUCGUUGUCAGGCCGCGUUUACUUGAUUACUGGGUCGACUGAUGGAAUAGGCAAGCAUACUGCACUGCGUCUGGCCCAGGCUGGUGGUACUGUCUUAGUGCACGGGCGUAAUCGAGCAAAAGGCGAAAAAGUGGUGGAAGAACUCAAAACUGCUACCGGUAACCCAAAUAUAGAGCUUUUUACGGCUGACUUUUCAUCUCUGGACCACAUACGACAGAUGUCGAGAGAGGUACACGAGCGACAUAGUAGAAUUGAUGUGCUUAUCAACAAUGCCGGGGUUUGGGAGAACCAACGAAUUCUGUCACAGGAAGGAUACGAAAUGACGCUCGCUGUUAAUGUGCUAGCCCCAUUUUUACUGACUUCUCUGUUGCUUGACCUCAUUCCAAAAGGUCGUGUCGACAGUCGCAUAUUAAUUGUCAGUUCAAUGACACAGGCUUAUAACAUAGAUUUUUCCAAUCUACAAUUCGAACGGGAUUAUAGCGGCUUUGCUGCAUAUGGAUUAUCUAAACUAUGCGAUAUAGUGUUUAGCUACGAACUCAGUGAUCGUCUACGGCCUUUGGGGAUAAUCGUCAACUGCUGCGAUCCGGGAACUGUUAACACUAACAUGUUGAUGAAGUCUUACGGACCGAUUGGCAUUCCAAUUGAACAAGCUGACAACGAAUUCUACCUUGCCACCGAUCCAAAAUUCACCGGUGUAACGGGGAAAUACUUCGUUCAACUCCAGGACACGUCGUCAGCAAGUAUUUCAUACGAUAUUAAAACUCGUCGUCGCUUGUGGCAAAUAAUGGAACAGAUGACUGGGGCAACUUAUCCCUGAAAUUUGUAGGUUUAUUCAUCUAUUUUAACUGUCCUCAUGAUUGGCAUAUUUCUGCACUUGGAGAAAUGUGGAACUGUUUAUUGUAAACUUGACAUGUUUGUACUAGUUCAGAAUGGAGCAAUGCAUUGUGGGAUUGCUGCAUCUUAUAGAUGUUUUUUUUAUUAUUAUAUACUGCCAGCCACAAAUGUGAUAUACAAGCCAGAUGUUUAUAUUUUAAUUUGUGUA